AUGGUACUUUGUCCAUCUUGUCAAAAGCCUGUUUACUUUGCAGAACGUCAAUUGUACCAAGGCAAGGAUUAUCAUCAAAUUUGUUAUAACAUUUUAAUUAAACAAGAAAAUGCAUCAAGACCAAAAACAUUUGCAAUUCAUGAACAAAUAUUUUGUAAUGUAGAGGAAAAUAGUAAACAUAAAUAUCCAUUGGCACCAGUUGAUGGUUAUUAUGCAGGAAUACAAGUAUCACCACCAUCACAACCAUCACAACCAUCAAAUACCACUCAAACUUCUGUCCAAUCAAAACCAAAAAAUAACUUGUGUAAAAAAUGUUCAGGUGAAACAAAACCAACUGAUAAAUUUUGUACAGGUUGUGGUAAUAAACUAUAG